CACACUCACACACACAGGGAUGGUGAGUUGUGCCGUGCAACUGUUUUGAUCUACAAGGAUUAUCUAAUGGGAGGACCGACUAAACAGAAUAACCUGCUACUGCAGCCAAGUCUUUUCUCCAUGAUUUUGUUUUAUUCGCCUUCAGAGAAAAUCCAGGGCGAAUUUGUCAACCGCUGAGCCUCUGAUUUUUUUUUGUGGGGGGGAAAUGUUUCCGAGAUGUGCGGCGCGCAGUUGAUGCAUAGUUUAUGAAACUGCCUGUUCUCGUGCGUAAAUGGCAAGAGUUGCAUUGGAGUGAAUCAGGGGAGAAAGAGGGAAGCAGACAGAGGGAGGGAGAGAGGGUGGAGAAGUAGAGAGAGGGAAAGCAGCCCCAGAGAGAGAGAGAGAGUGCAAGUGACGGAGCAAUAUAGUGGAGAACUGGGGUGGAGAGAGAGAGAGAGAGAGAGAGAGAGAGAUGGGGGGGAGAGAGAGAGAGUGAGAGAGGGAGGGAAAACGAGAGCUGCGAGGCGACUUGCUUGGCAGUGUUUGCCUCUGCCUCUCCGGCAAUGGGAGCGAUGUGCGUAACAUGCAGCGGGGAGCGGUGAUCAUCUUCUGCGCGCCGCAUCGCCGUGGAACCGCGCCGUGCGCACUCGAAGACGGAGCCGCACCGAGGAGGCGCAGCGCCGCUCCCGCCGAACCUGCCGCGAGUGGCCGUGUGCUGAGAGACUCCUGACGGGGAGGAGAAGAAGGAGGAGAAGAAGAGGGGAGAAGUGGUUGCGAGGGAAGGAUGGCAGCCCUUCAGUCGGUGAUCGGGGGUUAAUCGCCUCCCCCUGUGUUUGGAGCCACUCUGACGCACCGGCAGGCGAAGCAGGAGCGCAUACAUUUGUGUUGUUGUUUCACAGAUCCCAGCCCUCUUCUUCUUUUCUUUUUUUUUUUUUAUUUGAACCACAUCAGAACCGGACUAUCAAAGUGAGGAUUUGCGCACGAAUAACGGGGACGAAUGCGUGACUCCACAGUGGACAGAAUAUGAGCCAGUGCGUGUCUGUGAGCUGAGGUGGAGCGGUCUCUCUCCCUCUCCCGCCUGCACGGCUCCCUCGGUCCGCCGCGAAGCCUCCCACGCCAGGAUGCAGCUUCUCCGAGUUGCGUGGGCACUGACCGGAGCGGCGAUCUGCUGCUUUCUCCUCCUCCUCCUCCACUCCCGCCUGCUCAAAGAAGGCCAGCUGGCAGCCGGGACAUGUGAGAUUGUGACGCUGGACAGGGACAGCAGCCAACCACGGCGGACCAUCGCCAGGCAGACGGCCCGCUGCGCCUGUAAGAAGGGCCAGAUCGCUGGAACUACAAGAGCCCGGCCCGCCUGUGUGGACGCUGGCAUUGUUCGGAAAAAGCAGUGGUGUGAGAUGGUGCCAUGUUUGGAGGACGAAGGCUGUGACCUGUUAGUCAAUAAAUCUGGCUGGACUUGUACACAGCCCGGAGGCCGAGUCAAAACCACCACGGCUCUAUGACGCGACAAGAGUCCCCCACGACACUCUUGCACUAUGGAGAGCAUUGAUGACCCCUUGACAGACAGCCAAAUGCCAUCUACCACCAACACCACCGACAACACAACAACUCAACCCAAACCCUGGUCCCGCAAAGGCAGGAAGCGACACAAGACCACCGGGGGCCUCAUGGAGGCAGCAAGGUGUCUUAACACAGCCAGAGACUGGGAAACCAGGGAGUGACUGUUUGAGGGAACAGCCUCUCCCCCUGGACAAAGUACUCACUGUAAAACAGUUCCUAUUUCCUGUGACUGGCUCCUCCGGGUUUGUGACUGCUCCCUUCUGCUAUCUGUCGUUGGGUCAACAUGUUGCAACCACCUCCUCUCCGCUCUAUCUGCCGGCUCUGUUGAAAUUGGCAGCGCCUGCUCGUGCCACGGAGGAUCGGGACACCACAAAUAAAUCCCACGAAUGGUUUUUUUGCCUCAUUGGAACUCCUCCUAUUUGGAGCAACUGCUUUGAAUCAAAGGAUUUCCCACAUCUGUCUCCUCGCUUCUCUAGAACAGGAGUUCCAGAGCAUAGACGGGAUCAUCACAGACUAGACCCUGUUGCUUCUUACGAGGCUGUGAAAAAAAACAAACCCAAACUGAGCGCUCUCUGCUGUGAAUAGGCCUUCUGCUGGAGUAAACCUCUCAUAUUUUUAUAGACCAAAGAGUAAAAACAACAAGUAUGAUCAUAUUAACAGAGCGGACCCUCCGGCAAAGACACACAGAGACUUUGUGAACUCGCUGCUUGUGUCCCUGCCGACCAAUGACUGCCCCCUCCCCUCACAGAGAC